AUGGGGCUGCUCCGCUGGCUGCCUCUGCUUGGGCCGCUGGUCCUGCGGUGGCUCCUGGGGGCCCAGGCCGCGGACCACAUCAGGAUCUUCGUGGUGCCCCACAGCCACAUGGACGUGGGCUGGAUCCACACGGUCCAGGAAAGCAUGCAGGCAUACGCCGCCAACGUCUACACCUCGGUGGUGGAGGAGCUGGCCCGCAAGAAGAAACGCCGGUUCAUCCUGGUGGAGCAGGAGUUUUUCCGGCUGUGGUGGGAUGGCCUUGCCUCGGACAAGCAGAAACGCCAGGUCCACCAGCUCCUGGCCGAAAGACGCCUGGAGUUUGUCAUUGGAGGCCAGGUCAUGCAUGAUGAGGCUGUGACCCACAUUGAUGACCAGAUCCUACAGCUCACAGAAGGACACGGGUUUCUCUAUGAAACCUUCGGGAUCCGGCCGCAGUUCUCCUGGCAGGUCGACCCAUUUGGUGCAUCUGCCACGACCCCCACCCUAUUUGCCCUGGCGGGCUUUGAUGCCCACAUCAUCUCCCGCAUCGACUACGACCAGAAGGAUAACAUGCAGGCGAUGAAGGGACUGCAGUUCCUGUGGCGAGGGUCCCCAUCGCUGUCGGCGCAGCAGGAGAUCUUCACGCACGUCAUGGACAAGUACGGCUACUGCUCGAGAGGCUUUAACUGGGAUGGUUCCCCUGUCUUCCCGACUCCACCUCGGAAUGGGAUAUACCCCGACAUGGAUCCCCCUGUCACUUCAGGCAACAUCAAACUCUAUGUGAAGGACCUGGUGGGCAAUGUGAAGGAGCGGGCCCCCUGGUUCCGGACACCCCACGUCCUCUGGCCCUGGGGGUGCGACGAGCAGUUCUUCAACGCCCCGGUGCAGCUCAGCAACAUGGACCUCCUGCUGGACCACAUCAACACGAACGUGGGCGGCGUCUCCGCCGAGUACGCCACACUGAGCGACUACUUUCAUGCCUUGCACGUUCUCAAUCUCACCUGGCCUGUCCGUGACCACCAAGACUUCCUGCCCUACUCCUCAGAAGCGUUUGAGGCCUGGACCGGCUUCUACUCAUCCCAUAGUGGGCUCAAGGGGCUGGCGAGGCGAGCCAGCGCCCUCUUGUACGCUGGGGAGUCCAUGUUCACACGGUUCAUGUGGCCGGCCCCCCUCCGACCCCUGGACCCGGCCUGGGCCCUGCAGCAGCUGCGACAGCUCCGCUGGGCGGUGUCUGAGGUGCAGCACCACGAUGGCAUCACUGGGACUCACACCCCGGAGGUGACAGAGAUGUACGUGGAGAACCUGCACGCGGGGAUGCAGGGCGUGCAGAAGCUGAUGGCCUCCAUCGUCCUGGACAGGACCCGGGUCCACUCAGGCCCACAACCCGGGGGACACUUUGCUGUGGUCUACAACCCCCUGGCCUGGACGGUCACCACCAUCGUCACCCUGACUGUGGGCUUCUCCAGUGCCAGCGUCACAGACGAGUCAGGCCAGCCCGUGCCUGCACAGGAGCUCAUGUCCUACGGGGUGGAAGGUGGGGACAGGCAGGAAACUCGGUCCAGGGGAUGCCGUCUGCAUACCAGCCUGCAUGUGCUGACCACGAUUCCAGGUGUCAGUUACCACCGCUACAGCAUCCGGCCCACUGAGGAGGCCCAGGAGGACACCGAGAAGACGGCCACCACCAAGGCUAUCACCUUGAGGUUUCGCCUCAGGCCAAGGAGACGCACGGAGGCCAGGAGCAGCCGCCUGGUGUCCGUGAAGAAUGACUGUUACACUGUGUUCAUGGACCUGAAUACCAACCUGAUGCACAGCAUCUGGGAGAAACAGAGUAACCGAACAGUAUACAUGACCCAGGAGUUCAUGGAGUACCACGUCAACUUUAAUUUGGGUGAGCCCAACCUGUCUGAUAACUACUUGUUCACCCCGGAAGAGGCCGCAGAGCCAUCGUGGGGAGCCGUGAGGCUGGAGAUCGUGGAGGGGGAGCUCGUGACCGAGAUCCGGCAGUACUUCUACAGCACGGUGACGGCCAAGUAUCACUCCUACGCCAUCUUCUCCCGGGUUGCCCACGUGCCGCAGGACUCUCACGGGGAGCUGCUGUGCCGUCGCAUAGAGCAGGAGUACCAGGUGGGCCCCUUGAAUAUGAACCGCGAGGCCAUCCUGAGGACCAGCACGGAUCUCAACAGCCAGCAGGUCCUCUACUCGGACAACAACGGCUACCAGAUGCAGCGGAGGCUCUUCCAGCACCAUGAGAAGAACAAAAUCGCUCGGAAUUACUACCCCAUGGUGCAGUCGGCCUUCAUCGAGGACAGUGGCAGCAGGCUCGUGCUGUUGUCGGAACAGGCCCACGGCGUCUCCAGCCAGGAGGAUGGGCAGGUGGAGGUCAUGCUCCAUCGGCGGCUGUGGAACGGCCACAUGGGGGCCAUAGAGCGUGGCCUCACGCUGAACGACACCUCGACGGCCCGCUCCCUGUUCUGGCUCCUGCUGGGACCCCGGCCCGGCAUCGCUGACCUGCACCCGAGGAGUGGGCUGGCGCUGCAGCACAGGCCCAUAGUGCUGUUGGGAGAGCUGACCGAGACGGCCCCGAAUAGCCCAGGCCCCUGGAAGCCAGAGGCUGUGGUGCUGCCCCCCAGUCUUCACCUGCAGAUCCUGAGCAUCCCCGGCUGGAACUACAGCUCCAACCACACACAGCACCUGCAGAGUCUCCAGAAAGGCCAUCGAGGAGGGGCCAAGGCCCACCUCCACCGUGUCCUGCUGCGGCUCCACCACCUGUAUGAGGCUGAGGGGGACUCAGUCUUGUCUCAGCCGGUGACAGUGAAUCUGAAGGCCGUGCUGCGGGGGCUGGGGUCCGUGGUGGCGGUGGAGGAGCGCUCGCUCACAGGGACCUGGGACGUGAACACGCUGCACCGCUGGAGCUGGAGGACGCAGGAUGAUCGCCAACACAGAGGAGGCUCUGACUCUCCCUCGCCACCCCAGGGAAGCCCCAACGUCACCAUCCGCCCGAAGGAAAUCCGGACCUUCUUCAUUCACUUCCGAGAGGAGUGAGCCCUUGGCAGGUUCCGUGGCCCCGGGUCCCCAAUAAGGGAGCAGGACCCAGAUGGGAAAAGCCGCCUGGAGGGAUGAGGGGGGAGCGGCUGCCAGUCUGGUAGGCUGGGGGCAGGAAAUGGUCGGGUUUGGGGUUUUGUUAUUUUUCUCAAAUAAAAAUUGCAUUGUAAGGA